CCUGCUGACACCUCCCCUGCCAGGGGAGACACCAGCCUCUGGCUUCUUGCAGGUGGGGAGGAGACGAAGGCAGGGCGAGCUGGUGGCAGCCCCUUUCUCCCGCGGCCCCCGAGGACAGCCCCAGACCCUUGGCUAUCAUGGGGCACAGUUGCACCUUAUACCCGCGGCUGCAGGGCCGCGAUUGCAGUGGGAGGACACUGCAGAGCGAUGGUUCUGUGGAGGCCGCGGCCUCACGGAGCAGGGAUGCUGAGGGGAGGUGGGAGCCGCUCGUGUGCUUGGGCAGGACGCGCAGUGCAUGUCCUGUCUUCCUGGGGCCGGGGCUCAGAGGGUGACACACCACGUCCCUCCACGCAGGUCCUCGGGGAGCCAGCAGCUGCACUACCGCUCUUCACAUCCCGUCUGCACACCGGUACAACAAGCCCUGCAAGCGCUCAUCCUCCCGCUGGAGAAGCUGCAGGAGGUGAAGGGCCGCCUGCUGCAGGCCAUGUGCAAAGGGCUGAGCCGCCAGACUCAUGCAGAGGCCACCGUGAAGAUGUUGCCCACCUACAUCUACUCCACACCUGAUGGCACUGAGAAGGGCAACUUGCUGGUGGUGGAGCUGUGCCAGAGCCAUGUCCGGACCCUGCAGGUGACCCUCUCAGGCGAUGGGAACCAGAACCCUCAAGUGACAUCCAGAAUCUUUAACAUGCCAGGGGACAUCAUACAUGGCAAGGGAGAAGCGCUCUUUGACUUCAUUGCGCAAUGCGUGCGCCAGUUCCUGACGGACAUCGGCAGUCCCCAGGAUCGCCUCCCCUUGGGCUUCGUCUUCCCCUUCAGCUGCAGGCAGAAGCAGCUGGACAAGGCAGAACUCAUCUCCUGGUCCAAGGGCUUCAGCUGCAGUGACGUGGAGGGGAAGGAUGUUGUGCAGCUGCUGCAGUCGGCCAUCAGGAAGCAGGAGCUCUACCACGUGGAUGUUGUCGCCCUGAUGAACGAUACUGUGGGCACCAUGAUGACAUGCAGCAUGGGAGGGAAACCUUGUGAGGUGGCCUUGGUUGUGGGGCCGGGCACCAACAGCUGUUUCAUGGCCGAGGCGCAGCAAGUGGAAAUGGCAGAGGAGACCAGUGGGAGGAUGUGUGUCAACACCGAGUGGGGCUGCUUUGGUGACGAUGGCAGCCUCAGCGACAUCCUGACCCCCUAUGACCAGUGUGUGGACCAGGAAUCCUCCAACUCUGGGGAGAAAAGGUUUGAGAAGCUGGUGGGAAGCCUGUACCUGGGGGAGAUCGUCCGGCAUGUGCUGAACACCCUGGCUGCUCAGAAAGCACUCUUCGUUGGCAGCAAUGUUGCCAUCCUGAGGACCAAGGAUGUGCUCAAGACCCGGCACGUCCUGGACAUGAUCGACACCGAGGAAGGCGCGGUGGAGACCAGGCGCGUUCUGGAGGCGCUGGGGCUGCAGCCGAGCGAGCAGGACUGUGGCCGGGUGCAGCAGAUGUGCCGGGCGGUGGUCAGCCGUGCCACCGCGCUCUGUGCCACUGGGCUGGCCGCCAUCCUCACCCACAUGUGCCGCAGCCGGGAGCUGAAGCAGCUGGCAGUCAACGUAGGGGUGGAUGGAGAAUUGUACCAGGGCUACAGCAGGUUUGGGGAGAUCGUGCAGAGCGUGAUUGGGCUGCUGGCCCCUGAGUGCGUGGUCACCCUCCUGCCCUCGGUGGACAGCACGGGGCUGGGGGCGGCCAUGGUGACGGCGGUGGCUCUGCGGCUGGCGGCCCAGCGCCAGGAGGUGGACUGGCUGCUGGCCCCGCUGCGGCUCAGCCGCGCCGACCUGGAGCGCGUCCAGGCGCUGAUGAGGCAGGAGAUGGAGCUGGGGCUGGGCAGGGAGAGCAAUGCCAACGCCUCUGUCCGCAUGCUGCCCACCUACGUUCGCAACACGCCCGACGGCACCGAGCGAGGCCAAUUCCUGGCCUUGGACCUCGGAGGGACCAAUUUCCGGGUGCUGACAGUGCACGUGGGGCAGGAGAACAUCCACAUUGCCAGCAAGAUCUACGUCAUCCCCACCGACAUCAUGCGGGGCACCGGCGAGGCGCUCUUUGAUCACAUCAUCGAGUGCAUCAUGGACUUCCAGCAGGAGGAGGACCUGAUGGACCAGAUCCUGCCACUCGGCUUCACCUUCUCCUUCCCCUGCAAGCAGAUGGGUCUGGACAAGGCAGUGCUGCUGAGCUGGACCAAAGGCUUCAGCGCCUCAGACUGCGUGGGGCAGGAUGUGGUCCAGCUGCUGCGGGAAGCUGCCCAGCGCAAGCAGCACCUGGGGCUGAAGGUGGUGGCCGUGGUCAAUGACACAGUGGGAACCAUGAUGUCCUGUGGCUAUGAGGACCCCAACUGUGAAAUCGGCCUCAUCGUAGGGACAGGAACCAACGCCUGCUACAUGGAGGAGAUGAAGAACGUGGGCACCGUGGAGGGGGAGGAGGGCCGCAUGUGCAUCAACAUGGAGUGGGGGGCCUUUGGGGACAACGGCUGCCUGGAUGACAUCUUCACUGAAUAUGACCAGCUGGUGGACAAGAAAACCAUCAACCCGGGCAAGCAGAGGUUUGAGAAGCUCAUCAGCGGCAUGUACCUGGGUGAGAUCGUGCGCCACAUCUUGCUGAUGCUGGUGGAGAAACAGCUCCUGUUCCAGGGCAGGCCCUGCCCCAAGCUCCAGACCAGGGACAUCUUCCAGACCAAGUUCCUCACCACCAUUGAGACCGAUGGGCUGGCCCUGCAGCAGGUCCAGGCCAUCCUGCAGGACCUGGAGCUGGAGGCCAGCUUUGAGGACAGCAUGCUGGUGCGGGAGGUGUGCCGGACUGUCACCCUGCGGGCAGCACAGCUCUGCGCCGCCGGCAUGGCCGCCGUGGUGGAGAAGAUGCGGGAGAACCGGGGCCUGGCGCAGCUGGCCGUCACCGUGGGAGUGGACGGCACCUUGUACAAGAUGCACCCCUGCUUCUCCCAGCAGCUGCAGGAGACGCUGCGGGACCUGGCGCCCAACUGCACCGUCACCUUCCUGUGCUCAGAGGACGGCUCGGGGAAAGGGGCCGCGCUGGUGGCGGCCGUGGCCUGCCGCAGGGCCGUGGCCUGGGCACGGCCGCUGCUGCAAGCUCCCUUCUCACCACAAUAAAGCGCUUUGCUCCGCA